AUGGGAUUCCCAAAAGGAGUUCAAGAGGCGCGAUCCCGGUCUGGGAUUGAGGACACUGUGAGGAGAUUCGGAGCGGAGGCAGACCAUGGUGAUUCUGCGAUUUUGGUGUUUUUGACACAUGGAUGUGUGGAUGGCGUUUACGGAACAGAUGGAAAGGUUUUCCAGCUGAAUCAAGUUUUUGUGCUUCUCAGUCCGGAAAGUUCGCCCCAAUUGGCUUUGAAGCCAAAAUUGAUUUUUGUAGAAAGCUGCCGUGGAAGUAACCGUGACGCGGGGUAUUCUGUUGUAGAGGAUCCGGGAGAAGAUCAGGUUUUGGAACGAUCUGGAGUGGGUUCGGCUGGAGAAAAGGUUGGCGAGAAGCCAAAGACGAUCCCAAUGAACCCUGAUUUCUUAAUCAGCUAUUCGACGAGCCCCGGCCACGUGGCAUUUGCUCAUCCGAGAUUUGGAGCCUAUCACGUACAGCUGCUCUGUCGAACCAUUGCUGAAAGGGCCCAUCAAAAUGACAUAGAGACAGUGAUGGUUGCAGUUCGGAAGGGAAUCUCGCAAAUGGAAUUUAGAGGAGAGAAAGGUCUCCUGAAGCAAAUGCCGGAGUUGACAGGGAACAUGGUUGAUGAUUUGGAAUUCAGGGAGACGGAAUUGUGCUAUAGGAAACGACGGCUACUGAGAAUGGGAAAAAUGGAGAAAGGGGAAAAGAGUGCGGAAGACGUGGGGAUUUCAGAGAGUUGGGAGGCUGAAGGAUUGAUUCAGAUCGAACCCGAAUAUGCCAUGAAUGAUUUUCAGAUGACUGCACAUUCUGACUCUGUCAUCAAUUCGACUGAGCCACUUUUUCUUGAAGAACCAGCAACAAGUGAUGAGCAUCCAUCAACAGACGAGCAGGAGGAAAAAUUAAUGAAUGAGCUCUAUGGGCAAUUGGUGUUCCCUGAGAAAAUCAAUGGAGAAUCGGAUGUUGAAGAUGUGGAUAAAUCGGAUAAGCCAUUUUCCCCAAAGAAGCCAUCAGAACAACGAGAUGAGCCGUCAGAUGGAGUGGAGCCGUACGGUGGAAUAGGCCAUGCAAAGGCGACGGCUUCAAAAGUGAAGUCUGGUAGCAAUUUGGAUGAAUAUGAAUUGGAAGCGUUGAAAAAAGUGGGAAUCAAAAUCAGAAAAACAGCAAAGGAUCAAGUUCUGAAGGAUCAAGAUGCUGUGGAGGGACAAAAGGUGCUUUUCAAUGUCAGAAAAACUACAUUUCGUUUUUUUUGGAAUUGCGAAAGCAUGGCUUAA